AUGCUUUCAAACCAGGAUAAUGAACCAUUCAUUGCAAAGAAUGAUGCUUUAGGAUAUGUUCAUGGAGAAAAAUUAUACAAACAAAUUGAAUCUCAUUUUGAAGCUUAUCUUAUCAAACUUCAUCAAACUUGCAUCACUUGUCAUGAUGAAGAUCUAAUUCGAUUAUAUAUGGAUUAUUGGGAACGAUAUCAAUGUUCAAGCAAAGUAAUUGAUGGCUUUUGUAGUUAUGUUAAUAAAUGGUGGAUAUUAGCAGAUAAUACAAAACGUAUCGAUGAUAUAUUCACUGAUUCUUCAGUUUAUAUUAAUACAAUUCUUGGAGGUUAUAAAAAAUAUAUGACUCUUAUCAAAGAAUGUUUCGAAGUCGAUAUCAGUCGUUUUAUUUUAGUUCUCGAACAUGCUUUUACUAAAGUUCUAAAUAGAAAUGCAGUAACUAUUGCAGCUCACAGUAGUACAAAGUCGUCUGAACUAUUGGCUUUAUUUUCUAAUAUAAUUUUUCAAAUAAAUAAUGAUAUAGAUGAUACAAAUAUUCAAAAAUAUAUAGAAGAUAUUAUGAUAGUUUUCAAAUGCAUUGAAAAUAAAGAUGCAUUCCAUAAUUUCUAUUGGCAAAUGUUAGCUGAACGACUAGUUUAUGAACGAAGCGCCUCAGUUGACUAUGAAAAAAUGAUGAUUACACAAUUUCAAAAAGAAUGUGGACAUAUGUAUACAUUAAAAUUAAAUAAAAUGAUUGAAAAUUUUUGUUUGAAAGAAAACUUGAUGAAAAAAUAUCAAGAACACUGCGAAAAUCAGCAAUCACUAUUCAAUUUCUCAUGUAUGGUACUUGCUACAAAUUUAUGGCCUUUUUCUGUUAUAUCCGACUUCAAUCUACCAUUUGAACUUGCGUCUUCGAUUGAUAAUUUCAUUCAAUUCUACUAUCAUCAACAUAACAAACAAAAACUUACAUGGCUUUAUCAAUAUUCAAGAGGUGAACUACAUGCCUAUUUUACUAAAUCGACAUAUGUACUACAAGUAUCAGCUUAUGAAAUGGCCAUUCUACUUUUAUAUAAUAAUUCAUUAGAAUGGACAAUUGAGCAAAUCUACAAAAAGACACAUAUUAAGACUGAUAUUUUGAUGGAAAUUUUGUAUAUUCUUAUUAAAAGUGAUCUAUUAACAUGUUUGCAAAUUAGAAAAGAAGAUUUAAAGGAGAAAAAUCUCCAAAUGGGACAUAUGAUUCGAUUAAAUGAUAAUUUUACAAGCUUUGAUUCAAUUCUCACUUCAUUUCGACAACCAUUUUGGUUAAGCGAAAAAUGUUGGCUAGUAACUUGUGAUUAUAUUAUGGAAUUGAAAACAAUCGCUCUCUAUACAAUACCAAUGCGUACAGAUGACAAAGAAAAAAUAAUAAGAUAUAAAGCAUCAUCAACGAAUACUGGAUGUUUUCUAACAAGAAUCUGGAAAAAUACGAUUGAUUUCGUUGAAGAUGAGACAAUCACGACACUCAAACUUUCAGUGUGUCCAGCUGGAACUGUUAGUAAUCGACGAGAAAGAUUUUACAAUUUCUAUGAACGGCCACUACCAGCUGAACGUUUUCGAUUGGAUCAGAAGAUUGGACCACAACAUCUAGCAGAUGCAUUUAAAAAUUGCUCGACGAAUUUUUGUGGAACUACAUUUACUGUGAUUUGUGAUACAUGGAUAACAGAAAUUGAACUCUCAUCAAAUCAUAUUAGAAAUGAUGGGAUGAAAUAUCUGGCAAGUGCAUUGAAAAACAACAAGACUCUCAAGGCACUCUAUCUUCAAUGGAAUUUUAUUGGAGAUCUUGGAGUACAGUAUCUAGCAGAUACAUUACAAGUCAAUACGACAAUCACAACACUUCAUCUUGCAUGGAAUAUAAUUACAAAUGUUGGAGUAAGAUACUUAGCUGAUGCUUUAAAAUGCAACACAACAUUAACAACAUUGAAUCUUGUAUCGAAUAACAUUUUUGAUGAUGGAAUAAAAGAUUUAGCAGACGCACUAAUCAUAAAUACAACGCUCACAACACUUCAUCUUGGAUCGAAUGCAGUCGGAAAUGCUGGCGCACAGUACUUCGCUAAUGCAUUAAGACAUAACAAAACACUUACAUCACUUCAUCUCGGAUCAAAUAAAAUUGAAGAUGAAGGAGCAAAGCAUCUAGCAGAUGCAUUAGAAAGCAAUAUAACACUUACGAUGCUCUAUAUAAAUUUUAAUAAAAUCGGAGAGCAUUGGAUGAAACAUAUUGCUUCUGCAGUAGAAAAAAAUAAAGUCAGAGAAACAGUCAUUUCAUCAGGUUAA